CAAACCCAAACCCCAUUGGAUUUGGAUUCAAUUUUUCAGAGAUGGAAAGCUUCUUCAAGAACUCUGUUUUUCUCUUCUGCUUUCUCUUUGUAGUGAAGGUUGCAGAGCUCCAAGCUGCCAAAGAUGAAUGCCAAACCAAAAAGUGCAACCACCAUACCAUCCGGUUCCCGUUCUGGCUAAAGGGACAACAACCGGAACACUGCGGCUAUCAUGGGUUUGAACUCUCCUGCGAAGACAAGCAGACUGUGCUCGAGUUGCCAUGGAAUGUAAAGUUGUUCGUGAAGCGUAUAGAUUACAAAGCAAAGAGGAUUCAGUUAUAUGAUCCUCAGGGUUGCCUUCCCCUGCAACUUCCCAAUCUCAAUUUAUCAGCAUCUCCCUUUCAGUACUUGAGACAAACUCCCUUCUCGUUCAAUUAUGCGGAGUCAAAGUACAGUCUUUUCAACUGUUCAAGGGAAGCAACUGUGGGUAUUAAUUAUGAAUUUUACGAGAUUCCUUGCUUAAGCGUCCCAGGCUUCCAAGUCCUAGCUUUUCCUUCCAAUUAUACACAUGCUUUUAACUUGUUAAGUUGCAGGAGAACGUUACUCAACAAAUCGGAGACAGCAGUAUACGAAGAAAUGUUGUAUUACCAGACAGGGGAUGUUCAUUUGAGUUGGUCCCAACCAGAUUGUAGUAAAUGUGAAGAAGUAGGCAGCAAAUGCAAGUUGAAGAAUAAUAAUAGGACACAGGAUGACACAGAGUGUUAUGGUACCACCAAGAAUCAAAGAGUUAUGCGGAAAAUGCUAUUGGUUGCGGGCAUAAUCCUAGGUUUCGGUCUAUUUGUAAUAAUCCUCAUUGGACUUUACCGUGUGCACCUCUCAUAUAGAUCAAAGAAAGAGGGCCAACUCAAGAUUGAGAAAUUUCUGGAGGAUUACAAAGCACUCAAGCCCUCAAGAUAUUCUUACGCUGAUAUCAAGAGAAUAACAGAUCAGUUCAAGGACAAACUAGGAGAAGGUGCUUAUGGAACUGUUUUCAAAGGAAGGCUUUCUAACGAUGUUUUGGUUGCUGUUAAGGUCCUCAACAAUUUCGAAGCAACUGGAGAAGAAUUCAUUAAUGAAGUUGGAUCAAUGUGCAGAAUCCAUCAUGUCAACGUCACUCGCUUGAUUGGAUAUUGUGCAGAUGGAAAUAAAAAAGCUCUUGUUUACGAGUACAUGCCAACUGAAUCAUUGGAGAAGUUUAUCUUUGCAACCAGAAACCAAAGUCGUUCCCUCAGUUGGGAGAAUCUUCAAGAUAUUGCAAUAGGAAUAGCGAAAGGAAUUGAGUACCUGCACCAAGGUUGUGAUCAACAAAUCCUUCAUUUUGACAUCAAGCCUCACAAUAUCUUGCUAGACCAAACUUCAAUCCGAAGAUCUCCGACUUUGGUCUAGCAAAGCUGUGUUCCAAAGAACAAAGUGCUGUUUCUAUGACAGCAGCCGGAGGAACAAUGGGAUAUAUUGCACCUGAGGUACUGUCUAGGAACUUUGGAAAAGUGUCAUAUAAAUCAGAUGUUUAUAGUUUUGGAAUGCUAUUGUUGGAAAUGGUAGGAGGGAGGAAGAAUAUUGACAUCACAGUGGGGAGUACAAGCCAAGUUUAUUUCCCAGAAUGGGUGUAUAAUUGCUUGGAGAUAGGAGAAGUUCUGGGGAUUAGAAUAGAAAAUGAGGGGCAUGCCAAGAUAGCAAGAAAACUGACAAUUGUUGGACUUUGGUGCUUCCAGUGGUAUCCAACAAAGCGACCAUCAAUGAAAUCCGUGGUUCAUAUGUUGGAAGGAGAAGCAAACAGUUUGAAAAUGCCACCAAAUCCCUUUGGCCAUACAGAUGGAGCACAGACAAGUGCCAAACAUCCCUAGGAGACCAAUUAACAGAGAAUUAGCAG